AUGAGUAACAGCCAGUCUACGCAGCAGUCGCAAGCUUCUUCCGCUAAAGAGCCUGAUCCAGAUGCCAUCAAAAUGUUUGUCGGUCAGAUUCCACGGACGUGGGGGGAAGCAGAAUGUAGAAAUUUGUUUGAGCAGUAUGGCUCUGUUUGCCAUCUAAAUGUGUUACGUGACAAAUUAACGCAUAUAAGUCGAGGUUGUUGUUUUGUAACUUUUUAUAAACGUGCAGAUGCAAUAGCAGCACAAGCAGCACUUCACAAUAUUCGUAUUUUACCCCAGAUGUGUCAUCCUGUGCAGAUGAAACCGGCAGAUAUUGAAAACAGGAAUGUUUGGUGUUCUUCAAGUCGUUGUAUUGCAGAAAGAAAAUUAUUCAUUGGGAUGUUAAAUAAGAAGCUUACCGAAGUUGAUGUACGGGAAAUGUUUGAGCAUUUUGGACAUAUAGAAGACUGCACUGUUCUUAGAGAUCCAGAAGGGAAAAGUCGAGGUAUAAAUGCAGGCUGUGCCUUUGUGACGUUUGCUCAUCGUUCCUGUGCGCAGCAAGCAAUCAGACAAGUGCAUCUAUCUCAAAUCAUGGAGGGAUGUUCCAAACCAAUUGUGGUAAAAUUUGCGGAUACUCAAAAGGAAAAAGAUGCGAAACGAAUGAAUGCAGCAUCAUUAGGAACGACGCCAGCCUUACCGAAUGUGAAGAAUUUUACAAACACGCUGCAACAGGUACUUCAAACACCGCAGCCAAGCAGCACUACAAAUCCAGCUUUGGGAGCGCAACUCGCAGCACUUGCUAGUAUCCUGCAAACUGCUUCUCAUUCGAAUGUCCUAAGUUUAAUUGGAAAUGUAUUAUCUGGUUUGGGUCGUUUAACGGAGAAUGCAACAUCAUCGAAUCAAACAUCCAUAACAUCAUCACCCUUUCCUCUUGUGAGCCAACAAACUUUGGCAUCAUUGUCUUCUUCACCUGGCCUUUCAAAUGCAGAUUCAUCAGCAGCAUUUCAACAACAACAACAGCAACAAUUAGCCGUUCUUCAACAUCAGCAGCGUUUACUUGAUUUUUUUAAUCCAUCUUUCAUGAAUCCAUCGCAGGCUGUGGCUAAUGGUUCUUUCGUUGGUGAGAAUAAACUAAACGGUGUGACAGGGAAUAACAAUCUCAUCCAGCUUACUGGACAGAAUACAUCCAAUGGAAUGGAUGUUAUGCAACGUGCAUAUGCGGGACUACAACAUUAUGCCGGUUUUUAUCCUCAGUUACCUACCGGUAGCUUACUUACAACUGCUAGUACAUCUGGCGCAGCAAUGAAUAUAAUAAGCAGUGGGCAAUCAAAGGGACCAGAUGGAUGUAAUCUGUUUAUUUACCAUCUUCCGCAGGAUUUUACUGAUAAUGACUUGUUCACUACUUUUGCUCCAUUUGGGACAAUUAUUUCAGCAAAAGUCUUUAUUGAUAAACAAACUAAUCUCAGUAAAUGUUUCGGUUUUGUUAGCUUUGAUAACGCUGUUUCGGCUAGAAAUGCUAUUUCGGCACUUAAUGGAUUUCAAAUAGGUUCUAAAAGACUAAAAGUACAGCUGAAACGAGGAAAGGAUAGCAAGCCGUACUCACAUUCGAGCAUGUCUGUUACAAGUGACAGUAGUAGCAUUCAUCCUUUAUCAACUUGA